AAUAUUUUUAAAAAGAUGCUACUGGAGGGCAUCUUUAUUUUAUUUUUUUUAAUCUCAAAACAUACACUACUCAACUUUUACAGUAUAUAGACUGCUGUGAAGUCUUACUUCGGUAAGACCUCAAAGUACGUGGAAAACCUAGAAAAUGUGUAAAAACCAAAUAGCCUAAUAUUUGUACAAUGAACCAUUUAACCUAUAGUGAACAGCAGAACAGUGCCUGUGAAACACCUGACUUCAGGAAUGUACCAGCCCUUAAAAAUCCUAACAGACAGUACUGGAAAUUUAAAGAGGAAGAGAGCCGAGUCGAUGAAAUGGGAAGGAAGAAGCGGUUUUAACACUGGCGAGACUAGAGCAAAAGAACUCACUGCUCUUAACUGUUUAGUAUUUAGCUGGCCACUGGCAGGCCUGCACCAAAUAUGGCAGAAGGAGAUAGUUCCUGUGCCCAGAUAAAAGGGAGCGGGCCCAGGGGUGGAGCCAGAACCCUGAUCAGAGUAAACACGAGAGCUGGAGAGAGGGGGUCCGUAGCUGGUACACUGGAGCCAAGCAGACGGGUCACUUCACUUGUUUCUGGGGAAGUCUGCUUCAGGUUAUCCUUAACCGUUUCAAACCUCAACCCACUUUCUGCACAAGAAUCCCCAAGGGCCACUUACUCCAUUUGAUUUUCUCACAGCCUCCCGUGUCCCCCCAAAAAGGUGGGGUGCAAAUGACACUAUGCCUUUAAAGUGGUUUCUGUCUGCAAUCUCCAUUUUGAGUCUGUAGUGGGCAAAGGUUUGGAAAUUCCCACUUCUCUCCGAGUCUUCUCUUUUCCUUCUGGUCAAUUGAAAGGGAGGAAAACAGAAAAAAAAAAAAAAAAAAUCACACUGUGGGGGGUGCCGGUCUCCCUGGACUGAUAGUGGAGAGUAUGUGAGGACUUUAUGUGUUUAGACUUUUGUGUGAGUGUGUGUGUGUGUGUGUGUGUGAGAGAGAGAGAGAGAGAGACAGAGAGACAGAGAGAGACAGAGAGGGAGGGAGAGAGAGAGUAGUUUACAAACUGGUCACAAGGUGGUGUACAGGCAUCGGAUUUUCUUUCAGAUUUUCGUUCAUGGUCGUAUCCCUGUGCCUUUGUACAGAGGAAAAGGACAAGGCCGUUCCUGCAUCGCCAGCUGCCAGCUGCACUGUCUCCCCGUAAGGCUGGGGCUCUUCGGGAACCUAGGCGGCCACUGAGGGGCCAGGGCUGAUGACAAGGGAGAGGGGCAGGAGAGCGGGCGGGAGGUGUGGGGAGAGACAGCUGGGAGCGCGUGUUCUCUGUUCUCUCACCUGAACCCCUGGCAAGCAGCCACCAUAGAUUUACUGCUCCCUUAACUGGGAUCCUUUCCCUGUCUUUUAUGGACAAAGUGCGCUCAGCUGUGAGGUACAGGAAUGUUCCUUGAUGGGGGAGACUGUUAUCAGUAGACGCCCGUAGGCAAAGCUGCUAAGUGCCCGAGGUUGGGUCCAUGUAGGAUGCCCCCAAACCCAAGCCGACAAAAAACCCACAGAAACACAAUAUGGCAUUAUGCUUGAAGUCUGGGCCGUCAGAAGUAAUCCACACAAAGCCAAUGUCAGGAUAUGCCACGACUACAGUAUGCUCUACCGAGUGAAAAAUCAGACAUUUCCUGUGAUCGCGUCGUUCCAGCUUCUGCAUUUUCAAAAGCCACAUUCUUAGGAUGGUAGCUAAAUCGGAACGUUGUUGAUUAAAAUUAGCCCGAGAAACAAACACAGAAACAUCACACACACCAGACCGUCAGACUUCUGCCAGCCACAACUAUUCAGAACAUACUCGAGAACCCCAGAAGGAAUCCAAAAGGUCUCUAAGCUGGAAGCAAAUAGUUCUCACGAAGCCUGUGUACUUGACGUAGGAGGGGAGGCACAGUGCCACUUGCAUGCCACAGCCUAUUUACUGACUUUGAAUUUUCAUAGAAGACUCCCAAGGACUCCUUAACAAGUCUGGAUAUUCAGCUUCCUUUCAAGACAUUUUUGCUUGUCUUGGGUUUUCGGUAGAAAAAAGAUGAAAAGAACUCUUCCACCCAUGCGGCCAGAAAGCACUGACUAAAGCAUGGUCGAAAUGAGUGUGAAAAUUGCCAAAAUGCUUUGGAGUUUUUAACUAACUGACUUAAGAAAAGUCCAAAAUAGAUUUGAGACUGUAAAAACAGAAGCCGCAGCAAGGGGGAUUCAGUGCCAAUGCAUCAACAAAAAAGACAGCCAGAGUUAGUGGAAGGAAAUCUUCCUGUUUUUGUGUUUCCCACGGAGCUAAUAUUUUAUGCAGAUGACCAGUCAACACAUAAGCAAGUGUUGACUCUGUAUAAUCCCUAUGAGUUUGCCUUAAAGUUCAAAGUUUUGUGUACUACUCCAAAUAAGUAUGUUGUCGUCGAUGCUGCAGGUGCAGUAAAGCCUCAGUGUUGUGUGGAUAUUGUGAUUCGUCAUAGAGACGUUCGAUCCUGUCACUAUGGUGUAACGGACAAAUUCCGUCUCCAAGUUUCCGAGCAAAGCCAGAGGAAGGCUUUAGGAAGGAAAGAGGUUGUGGCUACUCUUCUCCCGUCUGCAAAAGAACAACAAAAGGAAGAAGAGGAAAAAAGGAUAAAGGAACAUUUAACUGAAAGUUUAUUUUUUGAGCAGUCCUUUCAACCAGAAAACAGAACUGUCUCUUCAGGACCUAGUUUACUAACUGUCUUCCUGGGAGUGGUGUGCAUUGCGGCUUUGAUGCUUCCUACGCUGGGGGAUGUGGAAUCGCUGGUGCCUCUCUACCUCCACUUAAGUGUGAAUCAAAAAUUAGUGGCUGCUUAUAUCUUAGGUCUUAUCACAAUGGCCAUACUUAGAACAUGAGCAAGGAAUUCAGUUGACUUCUGAAGUAAAUUUAUCUUGCAAAUAUGAAUGUGGACUGCCUUUUAUCUCUUUCACUCCAUUAACAUGCUACAAACUAUUGAGUGAUUUACAAUAAUUGCAAAUGUAUAAUUGCAAACGUAUAAUAUAUAUUUUAAAUUACUCUAUAAUUUUAUUUGAAGGACUCUAGCACAUUAUGAUACAGACAGCAAGGAUGCCUCUGAAUUACGCCUAGGAAAUUAUUUGAAAAAAUUCUUUUUAUAUCUAAACCGAUUAUGCAAAAGACUUUAACCAUCUGUUAUUUUUCUCAUCUUUUUUUCUAAUUUACUUUGAUUAAGGUCGUAUGUCCUUCACAGUUAAAGGCCUGAAAGAGCAAACUGACCAGCUUAAAUGUAAAAUGACAUUUCCUAACUACAAACAUCAAUGUUCCUAUGUAAAUUAUACCUUGUCCUCUCAUUAUAAACAGUUGCCAUGGUGUUUCUAAAAUAAGUUUCACGGUUAAUGUGUGGAGGGCACCAAGAGAAAAAGCAUAAAGUGCUGAGGGAUCAUGUUUAUCCUAUCCUAGGAUCUCACAGGAGACCAGACAUAUUUCAUUCAUCUGGUGAACUACAGCACAGGUUGUGGUCCAGACACAAAGCAUGUGGGGGUUUUUGCAACCCUCAGAAUUAGGGUGACUUCUCUAUUUGGCCUAAGAAUUCUAAAGGAAGGUAGGCAUUUGUUUAGUUAAUUGGUUCACCCUGGCUUUACCUCUGGAUAAUGCUUUCUGUUAACAGGAGGAAAAAAUCACUUUAUCAUUUCUUCCUAGCCCUUUGCCUGACUGUAAGCAACUAGCCCAGUCUGGGGUUACCAGAUGCCGGGUGGUUUAUACGGAGAUGUUUUUCACCUUUAAACUCCAAGCCAAGUAUACAAAAUCCUUGAUACGUGUCUAUUUUAUAACAGUCACGGAGAUAUUUUUUAAGUUUGUAUUUAUUAAAACAACUUUACCAAAAAAAAAAAAAAGCCCC